AUGCUCAAACAAGUUUCUAUUUGUGCGGGCUUUACGAGAAAUCUAGGGCCAUCGCACGGGCUUCCACCGAGGUUCAAGCCAGUAGUCUCAUCAGUCGCCGGAUUCCGCCGUUUGAGCAGUCAUGCGGCUCAGCCCAACCGGCCAUAUCGCGUUGCAGUUGUGGGGUCUGGCCCUGCUGGAUUCUAUGCAGCAUCGCGGCUGCUGAGCAAAAACCAGGAUACCUACGUGGACAUGUUCGAGAAGCUCCCAGUUCCAUUCGGAUUGGCUCGAUACGGCGUGGCCCCGGACCAUCCCGAAGUAAAGAAUUGCGAGGACAAAUUUGAAGAAGUCGCGCUCUCGCCCCGCUUUAACUUUGUCGGAAAUAUUGAUCUCGGCAACGAUCUCCCUCUCGCAGCCUUGAAGCCCCACUACGAUGCCAUUCUUUUCGCAUAUGGUGCCUCUCAAGACAGAGAGCUGGGGAUUCCUGGAGAGAAUGUCCACCGGAGCGUUUAUUCGGCCCGAUCGUUUGUUGGGUGGUACAAUGGACUGCCGGAGCAUCGUGAUCUCGAGCCCAACCUGACGAGUGGCGAGGAUGCGGUCAUCGUGGGCCAAGGCAAUGUCGCUUUAGACGUGGCUCGGAUCUUGCUUUCGGGUGUAGAUGCUCUGAAACAUACCGAUAUUACGGACUAUGCUUUGGAGACGCUCUCGAAAAGCCGAAUCCGGCGUGUGCGUGUCGUUGGUCGUCGGGGGCCUCUGCAGGCUUCAUUUACUAUCAAAGAAAUCCGCGAGCUCCUUCAACUCCCCAAUGUUGCUUUCGACCCCAUCUCAAAUGAUGUGUUUCCUCCCGAUGAGGUUGUCGCUGGACUACCCCGGGCUCAGAAGCGACUUAUGCAACUUCUUGCCAAAGGCUCAAUCAAUGAUCCUUCCACGGCUACUAAAUCUUGGUCGUUGGAUUUCCUGCUCUCUCCCGACUCUCUUCACUACUCGCCCACGGACCCGUCCCAUCUGACGCAUGCCAUGUUCGCGCGCAACGAACUUGACCCAGCCGAUCCUUACAGUCCAAGCUCUAAAGUGACCGCCCAAAUAUUACCCAAUGGUGAGCGAGCCAUGGUCGAUUUGCAAUCGAGCGUAUUCUUCCGAAGUGUGGGCUACAAGUCUCUUGCGUUGCCCGGCAUGCAAGAUCUGGGAAUCGAAUUUGAUGCUCGGCGAGGAGUCAUUCCCAACGAUGGGCUCGGUCGAGUGAUAAGUCCCUCAGGUAUGGGGUCUCUUCAAGACUUGCCCGACGGCUCCAUGAUCGCCCUUCUGCCCGGCCUUUACUGUGCCGGGUGGGUUAAGCGGGGGCCGACCGGUGUGAUUGCCUCCACCAUGGCCGAUGCUUUUACAACGGCAGAUUCUGUACUUCACGAUUUGACGAGCGAGCAGAUCGAUCGAUCUGGAAACACUGGCCUUGGAUGGGAGGGACUUGAACCUGAGGCGGUCCAGCGAGGUCUACGAACCACCUCGUGGCAAGACUGGCAACGCAUCGACGCCGCCGAACGGCAGCGAGGACAAGAGCGCGGUAAGAUCCGCGAGAAGUUUGGACGUGUCGAAGAAAUGCUCGCGGUGCUUGAGUGA